AUGGCGGAAACACCGCCACCCCGCAGCGUGCGCGCAGCUACUCCCCCGACUCCCCUCCACGGCGCGCGAUACGACACCUACGAACCAUACUCUCCGCGACGAUCGACUAGAAGCACGGCACACAGCAACCCAUACUCCUCCUUCAACAGCGAUCGCUCCCCGAGAGACCAUCAUCAGCAGGGAAACACUACUCCUCCCGCUACCGUAAAGAAAGCCCGCUUCGCUCGCGCACCCACCCAGCUCUCCUCCCCGCCAUCUUCACCUUCUUCGCCUGUCAAACGGCUUCGCACGACACCUGGAACCUCCAGCGCCCACAAAACACCACGAAAGCAAUCAUUCACCCCACGAAAAGCUGCAAACCACCACUCCGACUCCGACACCUGCGCCCCGUCAUCCUCCAAAGCAGCCACCUUGGCACCAAAUCCCGUCGACCCAACAACAAUGCUCCCCACCCCCUCCAAAACCCCAAACAAAAAGCGCGCCGGUGCCCUGGCCUCUACCGCCCGCAUCCUCAGCUUCCAACCCAAUCACCCGAACGACGUGAUGCCGUCUCCUCACAAGAUGAAGAAGCAAUCGCGCGCAGCGGAGUUCGAUCUCUACGAGGAGGACGCACAGCAGGGUGAGGAGAUACCGAUCUACACGGAUGCGAAUGCGCGCGUACCGGAGAUGGACGAGAGUAUGGACAAUCCUUUCGUGGGACCGAAGCAGGGUCGCAGGCCGCAGGGGGGUAGUGGGAGUAGGCGGACGAGGAAAAGCGAGGAGGAGCAGGUGAGGGAGGAGAGGAUGCAGGAGGCUGUUGCAAGGGAUGAGGGGGUGGUUUAUGUGUUCCGCGGCCGCAAGAUCUUCCGCCGCUUCACACCACCAAACACGCAGGAAGACGACACCAACGACCCAACUCCUACCCCGAACCGCCAGCUCAUGCGAUCCGCAGGCGCCACGGCCCAGCGUCCCUUCACCCGCAGCGCAAUCAAGCCACGGCUCCUCUUCCCAUCUGAAGAGCAGCAGCGUGAACGCGAGCAGGCGGCCAACGAAGUCGACGAGGAGGCCCUAACGGACAUCGAGAUGGCGGAUGCCAGCACCGUGAUCACUCCACCACCGACUGCGACCAGCAAGCGCCGCGCGGGGACGCCGAAGAAGCGGAGUCCGAAGGGUAUGCAGAUCGUGGAGGAAGUAGAGGAGGGUGCGAAUGGUGACGAACUUGAUGAUGUACCGGAGCCCAUGUCUGUAGGCAGUGAGCCGUCCUUCGCGAGUGGUGCAGGAGGAAAGGGCAGAGCUAGCGCGAUGGGCAAGAGUCCCUUCGACACUUGGGCGCGCACGAAGUCGGGCAAGAAGAGGGGUAGUGAGCAGUUGGACGUUGACGAGGGGAUGGGGAAGCGGACGAGGAGUUCGGGGCCAGUGGGUGAGGGAGGGAAGGUGUAA